AUGGGAAUCGACUUUCACAGGUCGAUCGCCCAGAAAUACGGGCGCACCGUAGCUGGCUCGGGCUUCUUCACCGAUUCGUACAAUCUUUUCGCAUCGAACGUUAUCUUGCCGGCUCUCGGAUACGUCUAUUGGGCCGAUGACGAGAAUCACAACAAAGCUUCGGCUUUCAACCUCGCGACUUUGGGCGCCUCUGCGGUAGGACAGCUUGUCUUCGGUAUCUUCGCCGACAUUGGUGGUCGUCGAUCUCUCUAUGGAAUUGAAUUGAUCAUCGUCAUCGUUAGCACCGUAGGACUACUUCAGAGCUCGGGGGGCUACUCAGACGGCGAACAUUCCACUUGGGAUGUCACAGUAUGGCUCAUCUUCUGGAGAGCUAUCAUGGGCUUGGGUAUCGGCGCAGGUAAGGCAGCCCUACUUCAAUCUUAUCAUCAAAGACACGUGCUCAUCGAUCACAGAAUAUCCGCUCAGCGCUUGUAAACCAGCUCAUGUCGCUGUCAGUACCUACCUAGCUAACCUAUGCCGUGUCAGGUAUUGCCGCAGAAUGGUCCUCCACCAAGUCGAGAGGUCGAUUGAUGAGCGCAGUCUUCUUCAUGCAGCCCCUAGGUCAGCUUUGCGCGUAUGGGGCUGGCCUAACAGCUCUCCGGAUAUUUGGCACGUCACCAGUAGAAAUAGACAAGCUCUGGCGAUACGUCAUUGGGAUUGGCGCCUUUCCGACUCUUCUAGCCUUGGGUUUCCGAAUCUACAUGCCCGAGUCUGGUCGAUACACCUUCGACGUACGCCGAAGUAUCCCAAAGGAUGACUCUUACAUGGCGAAUGGGAGAGUCAGCGGGACCACAGGGGAGAGAGAUGCGGUGCAUGAUGCUAGCUGGGAGAAUUUCCAUCUUGGCGAGCUCUGGACAUACAUUUGGCGCGAAGGCCAUUGGAUAUACCUCUUUGGAACGUGCGCGUGUUGGUUCCUGCUCGACUUUGCUUUCUGUCAGUCCCUACGCACCUCCAAGUCCUCGUCGCCAACACUGCUGACCUUUGUUCUCUCUCGUAGAUGGCAUGGGCUUCAAUAACCCAUCCACGCUCGCGAAGCUAUGGACCAAUCAGGACAUACAAUUCUCCUCCAAUUCGCCAUGGUGGUUGAAUUCUUCAUCGAUUGUCAAUGCAACCAUUGACGGAGUUGCAGUAGUCAACGGAACUGUCACGGCGGCUACCAUGGUAGAUGGGGUCAACUACACAGCCGGCAGCGUCGCCGGCCCUCUUAUCCACCCAGUGCUGGAAGCCAACAUACUGCACGCUAUCUAUACCGUGUCGAUCGCGUCAAUCCUUGGAUCCAUACUCAUGAUUGCGACGAUCAAUCGCUUCGAUCGCAAAGACAUGCUGACCGUCACCUUCUUCGCCAUCGGCAUCCUUCUCAUCAUUGUCGCAUCGAGCUUCGCGGCACUCUUCCACCACGAGUCGCUCUACGUGCUCUUGAUUGUAUUCUGGGCCGUGAUCUCAUUUCUGUUCAGCUUUGGCCCGAAUACUCUGACCUUCAUCGUAAGUAUAUGGAGGCAACCUGAUCUGGGCGACCACCUGUCCAUUCGGACUGACCGAUCUCUUUAGAUACCAGCAGAAGUCUUUCCAACCAAAUACCGCUGUUCGUUCUACGGCAUCGCCGCGGCUUCCGGCAAAUCGGGCGCUCUUUUCGUCCAGAUCAUCAUCUCGAAGGUUUCUCAGACUGGAAAACCGAACUCGCUUAGGCUCCGCUGGCUCUUGCAGGUGAGGUCGACACAAGGGCCGUGA